UCUGAGGUUUCUAUCUCAAUUUCUACAGCGUAAAUCUUGUAGGGUUGAACUAUGAAUUUCCUAUUGUAGUAUAGAUCACUACAAGUGGUGUCAGAUUAGGUCUUUCCUUGGCACCAGUAUGGCUGAUGGCACCAGAUUGAAGCAAUUGGAGGAUUUCACCAAAAAAUUGAGUCUAGAUUUGCAGGGAUUGCGUGAGGAAGUUCAAUCGAUUCAAUCUGUUAAAGGAGAUAUGAAGACGAUGAAGACUGAUAUCGAUAAUCAACUGCAACUUCUUCAACACUCUAUGGAUCAGAAAUUUCAGUUGCUUCUUGAUAGAUCAGUUUUUCCGCAGCGUAACAAUCAGGGAGGAGAAACGCAUCGUCCUUGGAAAUAAGGAGAAGUGCAUGAGUCUUCAACUAGCAACACCUUCACUGGUUAUCAACCCCUUCAACAUCAGCGAAUCAUUCAGACUCAUCAGAUGGGUGAAGAAGGUGCACAUGGAAACUCUGUACUUGGAUGGCAAAUCAGAUGUUUGGUUCCAAUACUACCAAAUAGGUAAGGGUAUUUUGUAUUGGGAAGAUUUUAUUAUUGAUGUUUGUACUCGGUUUAAAGAAUUAAUCCAUGAUAGUGUUAUAGGAGAAUUUAAUAAGCUAGAUCAAACCAAUAUAGUCUUGGAUUAUCAAGAGCAGUUUGAGCAACUAAAGGCCAUAAUAUUAGCUAAGAAUCCAUCUCUGCCAGAAGAUUAUUUCAUCCAAAGUUUUAUUAGUGGACUGAAGGAAUAUAUACGAUUAGUAGUGCAAAUGUUUACUCCUUCAAUCUUGCAGCAAGCUAUUUUUCUGGCUAGGAGACAGGAGUGUAUCAUGGACAGGGCUUCUAGGAAUCAGCCAAAGUUUUCUACCAGAUUUAAUUCUGGGGGUAAGACAUUAACAGUUCCCAACAAACCUUCAGCUGUGACUCCACUAGUUACUACCCCAACUGUUACUAGUCCCACUACAAGUCCUAAGAUGCAACCUGUGAAGAAACUUACUUAUGCUGAAAUGCGACCAAAAGGGAAGAAGGGACUUUGCUACAAUUGCGACGAGUUGUACAUAAAAUGUCAUAAAUAUAAUAAACAACAGUUAUAUAUGAUGGUGGCUGAUGAAGAGGAAGGAUUACAUUUUAUGGAAAUAGGAGAAGGUUCUAGUCCAACAAUUGUGGAGUUGGAAGAAGACAUGGAGAUCUUAGUGCAUGCACUGGCUGGUAACAUCUCUCCUACUAAUAUCAAGAUUAAGGGACUAGUCAAGAAGCAAUGCCUCGCCAUCUUGGUCGACAAUGGAAGUACUCACAGCUUCUUGGACCCUGCAGCUGCCAAGAGGAGUGAUAGUCUCAUCACUCCUACCCCAACUUUACAGAUUACUGUUGCUGAUGGCAACAAAUUUCUCAGUCAGGCCAAAUGUGCUGCUUUUAACUGGAGUAUGCAAGGGCAUACCUUUUCUCAUGAUUUACAUAUCCUAGAACUAGGUGGGUAUGAUAUGGUCCUUGGUGUGGAAUGGAUGCGCGAACUGAGUCAUAUGGUUUUUGACUUCAAGAAGAUGUUGAUCAAAUUCCAACACCAAGGUAGAGAGAUUGAAUUGGUAGGGCAUAAGGAGGAAGCUGCUCUUUCGCAAAUGUCAGGCACUAUGAUACGCAGGCUCCUCAAGAAAGGCAAGCAAGGUUUUAUUGGGCAAUUUUUUUUUGUCUGCUGCCACACAACCAGAGGACAUUGAAGCACCAAUUGUUGCAGUUUUGGAUCAAUUUCCCACCAUUUUUGAGACUCAAACAUCCAUUUCUUCGGAAAUAGCUCAUGACCACCACAUCAACCUCACUCCCAAUAUACGUCCUUUCAGGGUACCAUAUGUCCAAAAUGGGGUGAUUGAGAUGCAUAAGAAAUGUUGAAGGCAGGGGUCAUUCAGCCAAAUUAUAGCCCUUUUUUUGUCCCCAGUCAUUUUGAUCAAGAAGAA